UACCGCUAUACACCGCCAUAUUGUUUGCGGUAGUCGCGCACGUAAUUCGUCGGUUUGUACGUGGUCGCGUGAGUUUUCUUUCGUUCGGUAAGGCCCAUCGGGAAAAUUUGCAAACAUUUCGCGAAAAAGCAAUAUGAAGAAAACUAAGGACGUGUCGGACGAGGAUGAAUAUUCUGCGGACGACCCAGAAGAGGUAGAAGGAGCUUCCGAAGAAGAGUGGACUCCUGAAGCCGGAGCCGAAAGCGGUGCUAAAAAGAGACCCCAAAGAGAAUCUGCUAAAAAGCGACAGCAUUCCGAAGAAGAAGAAGAAGAGGAAGAAGAGGAGGAUGAAGAGGAAGAUGACGAAGAAGACGAGGAAUCUGAUUCUGAUCCAGGAAAGAAACCCAAAAGAAAAAGACGAUCAAAAAAAGAAGAAGAUGAGAAAGAAGAAGAAGACGAAGAAGAUUCAGAUGAUAACAGCUUUAAUGAAUCGUCGGGAGAAACUCCAAAAGAUUUUACCUCCGGUGCAUUCGUUGUUGCAAAAGGCGACAUUGGCGGUAAUACAGAACCAACAUUGUGGAGGAUAGAUGGGAAAGCGUUGCUUCAAAAGUUUUUACCUUUCAAAGAAGAUGGAAAAACAUUGUACAAAAGCACAUCUACGUAUUCCGGUUGGUCCGUGAAUAAUAAAGAUAAAUACUUGGCUGCACAAGUUACUUUCAAAGUGCAAAGUAGAACAGAAACAAUCGUUGAACUUCACCUUGAUCAACAACAACAGCAAGAAGUUGUAAAGGACGAAAAAGAAGACUAAAUAUAGAUCAUAUUUGAUCAUAUUUGUUUAUAUACAUUUUAAGGUACAAUAAGGAAGAAUACAUUUACAUUCACAAAUACACGUCAACACUACACAGACAUGUUAUGCCAACACACGAAUACAAUUUACAAGAUGAUAUUCUAGCAGAUUCGUGUUUAAAGGUAACAUUGAGUGGACCAUGAAUCUCAGUUCAUUAACAACGGGUAGCUUUACAAAUACUUGAUAACAUUUCGAUUAAUCUUUUCGCUGCGAUAGCGUCGAUUCAAUAAAAUUACGAUAUCAGUUAUUCAGCGUUUAGUCAGGUUAAAACAAAAUUACUAUACGAUCUUCAGUUUUUUCACUCUUCCAAUAUAUAUUUAUCUUCUUAGUUAUCUUCUUAAUUAUAGUUAUAUAAAUAAUAAUAAUGAUAAUAAAAUAUAGUACGUAUCUUGUUCUACAGUUAUAUAAAAUUAUUGAUCUUUUGUAUCAAAUUUAUUACAUUUUUUAAGAAAAGUUUACCAUCGCUCUAGUGUAUUUGUAUAAACUUGACAUUGCAUUAAUUCGAUUUGAGAUGGAAAUUUGUGAAUCAUACCGAUAGUAAAUAACCAAAACUUUUGAUCAUGAACAGCGAUUAGUGAAUGCCGACGUCAGAAGCGAAACGAUUAAUAAUAAAAAGCUACCUGUAAAUCUGCAUGGUUAUUCAAUUUCUUAAAUAACAUCCACCUAUAUUUUAUAUUUCACAUUUUAUAAAUUCAACGUAAAUUUGAAUUUCUUAUUUUAAUUAAUUCUCUAUUCUUAUGAUACAACAUUUUGAUCCCAACGAUCAUUUUAUCAUUCGAUGGACUUCAAAUUUGAUAUUUUUUUAUGACAAAUUUUCAGUAGCUAAAUUCUAUAUUACUUUUAAUCAUCGAAACACAGGAUAUUAGAUAUAGAAAACAAAUCACAGUGUCAGUUACCGUUGUGGUUUUGUGUUCCUAUUGUCGUGUAAAUUCGUUGAAAAAUCAUUGUUUUUAAUUUUGUAUUUAAAUUUUGGAAAUGUUUCGUGGCUAUAAACAUUAUGUAUACUCGAUUUAUGUUGAUAACGGUAUUAUGAGUAAGAAAUCAAUUGUACUGUCAUAAUUCAUGUUCAGUGGUAUGUUAUUUCGAUCUAGCUUUAUGGAUAAAAAUAUGGUUCACGUACAUGGAAAAAAAAAGAGUAAAAACUAA